AUGCAAAAAUAUGAAUUUGCGAAAAUCAAUAUUAAUAAUAGAAAGAUAAAAGUAAAUCUAAUGGAAAAUAGAACAUAUAAAUAUUUUCAUUUACCAAAAACUGUUUUUUUAGAUUUAUUAAUAUGGGCACAGAAAACAUUUUUAACUACAUUGAGUAAUACACUAAAUAAUGUUUUAGUUCGAUGUGGAUUACCUGAAAAAAUUGAUCUACCAUAUGUUCUAGAUGAAGAAACAAAAGAUUUAGAUUGUAUGUUUAUUUAUAUAACAGCAAUCAAAUAUCGAUAUAAUAUUACAAUACUUAAUGACCUUUCAUUAAAACUAUCAAAUUUAACUAAAAUUGAUAAUGAAAAAAUAUUAGAAAAGAUGCAAGUUGAUUCUAAUAUAUUAGAUUUAUAUGCAUUUCGAAAAGGAAGAAUUAAGAUAACAAAAUAUAGUAGAGGAUUAGUCAUACCACCUGAAAUGCCAUCAAUAGAAUUUUUAGAACAAUUUGUACCAAUUGCUGAUGUAGAUUUUGGAUCAGAAUAUCCAAAUAUAAUAAUUAAUUCAAAUAUAUCAAAUGAUACUUGUGUAAAUAUUAAUUCAAAUGAUCUAAAUCUUAAUGUGAUAACUGAUAAUUUUACAGUAUAUGGAAAAUAUAAACCUCAUUAUGGUGAGAAAGAAAAAAUAGAAAUCAUGCCUUUAAUGUGUGAAGAAUUAUUAACAGCAUUUAUGGAAAUCAUAAAGUCACAAGGAUAUAAUAUAAUUUAUGGUGAUACUGAUUCAGUAUUCUAUACAUUACUUACAAGUAUAUUAAAACAAAUUUAUAAUAAAUAUGCAUCAAUAGAUAAUUCAAAAAUUAAAAAACAAUUUUGGACUGAGAUGAUAGAAGAAACAAUUAGAUUUUCUAAAGAACUUCAAGUACAUAUAAAUAAAGUUUUAAGAAAAGAGACUGGAUAUUCAUAUAUAGCUGUAGCAUAUAAAAAAACUUUAAUGCCUAGAAUAUUUCUACAGAAGAAAAUGUAUUUUGAAAUCAAACAUGAAGAUAAAGUAGAAUUAGAUAAUCUAAUACUUUUUCAGAAAGGAAGAAUCAUAAAAAAGAAUGCAACGAAUUUUUAUCGAACUGUCACAACAGAUAUAAUAUGGUCAGUAUUAGGAUUUGAAGAUCAAAAAAAAAUUUUGAUGAAUAAUGAAAAAAGUAUUGAACAGACAAUAAGUGAAGUAGUCAAAAAAUAUAUAGAUGAAACAGAUUUGAAAUUGUUUAAGUUAACAGAUAAAUAUAAUCCUAAUUUCAAACGUACAUCUUUAACUGAUUUUGCAAAUGGAAAAUUUCAACCUAUAAAGAAAGGUGGCAAUACAAAAGUAAUAAAUUUUGUAACUAGAAUGCAAGAUGAUCAUAGAAUUGAAAUUGAACCUGGAUGA